ACUUCCUGAAUGUCUUAACCUGCAGUCAGGAGAGCAGGGCUGUGGUUAGAAUUGGUGGCUGGAAACCUCCCACCUUUCUAUCUGUGUGGCAGACUGAUGGGCAGAAGUAGCUUGUGCCCUACAGCAUGGAGAGAGAAGGAGACAAUCUGGGGAAUGUGUUUAACCUACUGACUGUGUUUGAAGACAGCAGGGCCUCCCACAAGCAGCAAGCCAAGGACAAACCUUCUUCUAAAAGCUGUUCUGCCUCCUCUCGGGUGGGACAGCUCCCACCAUUCUCUCCAGGUCUCCUUGGAGUUAAGACCAAAGACCCCAGUUCUGAAAAAGAGCAGCACAUGUCCAAGAAGCCUCAGGCUCUUAUGGAACCCUUCUUUGAUAUGACUCCAGGGCCCUGGGAAAGUGAGAGUCUGAAAGACAAAUGGAAACCUGGCCACCGGCCAGUCAGCACCAGGUUACUGAACUCCCUGAAGAACAAGAUCUCAAGCGGAGGCUGGAGGAAGUCAUGUGAAGUCACAGUAAACACCAAGAAGCAGCUGGAGGAGCCAGAAGAGAAUAAAAUUGUCAGAGAGCUCCUGGAGACAGAGCAGACCUAUGUGUCCCGCCUCCACCUGCUGGAUCAGGUUUUCUUUGAGGAGCUGCUAAAAGAAGCUCGCAGCAGCAAGGCUUUCUCUGAAGAUGUCGUCAAACUCAUCUUUUCCAACAUCUCCUCCAUUCAUCAGUUCCACUCCCAGUUCUUUCUCCCAGAGCUUCAGAGGCGUGUGAAGGAAUGGGCUGCCGUCCCCCGCAUUGGUGACGUGAUCCAGAAACUGGCGCCCUUUCUGAAGAUGUACAGCGAGUAUGUGAAGAACUUUGAGCGGGCAGCAGAGCUGCUGGCCAUAUGGACAGAGAAGUGCCCGCCCUUCCAAGAAGUCAUCACCCGAAUCCAGAACAGCGAGGUCUCUGCCAACCUCACCCUGCAACAUCACAUGCUGGAGCCGGUGCAGAGGAUCCCUCGCUAUGAGCUGCUGCUGAAGGAGUAUGUGGAGAAGCUGCCCCCUGAUGCCCCGGACCAGGCCGAUGCCCAGAAAGCUCUGGACAUGAUCUUCUCUGCUGCUCAGCAUUCUAAUGCAGCCAUCAGUGAGAUGGAACGUCUGCAGAAGCUAUGGGAUGUGUACCAGCGUCUAGGCCUUGAGGAUGAUAUUGUGGACCCCUCCAAUGAAUUGCUCCAGGAAGGCCCCAUCCAGAAGAUCUCCUUCAGACACAGCAGCACUAUGGAGCGCUACUUGUUCCUGUUCAACAAUAUGCUGCUGUACUGUGUGCCUAAAGUAAUUCAGGUUGGAGCUCAGUUCCAGGUGAGGACACGAAUAGAUGUGGCUGGGAUGAAGGUCCGGGAACUGAACGAUGUGGAAUUUCCUCACUCUUUCUUGGUGUCUGGGAAACAGAGGACCCUGGAACUACAAGCCCAGUCUCAGGAAGAAAUGAACACCUGGAUCCAGGCUUGCCAACAGGCCAUCGAUCAAAUUGGAAAGCGACAUGAAACCUUCAAAGCUGCCGUCCAGGGGCCCGAGGGAGAUACGGAGGAGCAUCAGCUGAAGUCUGAAGAGCUGGGCAUCCGAGCUCCCCAGUGGGUCCGUGACAAGAUGGUGACCAUGUGCAUGCGCUGCAAGACGCCCUUCAAUGCCCUCACCCGAAGACGACACCAUUGCAGGGCAUGUGGCUAUGUGGUGUGUGCUAAGUGCUCUGAUUACAGAGCUAGGUUGAAAUAUGAUGACAAUCGGCUCAACCGGGUCUGUCUGGAGUGUUAUGUCUUCCUCACCGGAAACCUACUGCCAGAGGACAAGGAAGAUAAGAAGAAAGGGAUCCUAGAGAAAGAGUCUUCCAAGGUAUCGGAACAGAGCUUGAUGUGCAGCUUCCUGCAGCUCCUGGGAGACAAGUGGGGGAAGAGCAGCAGCCGAGGCUGGUGUGUCAUCCCCAGAGAUGACCCCCUGGUGCUUUACAUCUAUGCUGCCCCACAGGAUAUGAAAGCUCAUACCUCCAUUCCCCUGCUGGGCUACCAGGUGACCAGUGGGCCCUUGACCGAUCCCCGGACGUUCCAGCUGCAACAGUCUGGUUUAGUCUACUCAUUCAGAGCUGAAUCUGAGGAGCUCAGGGGACAGUGGAUGAAGGCCAUAGAUCGGGCAGCCAGAGGUCGGAGCUUCAUCGAACCGGAGGGUGAAUUGUCAGACUGAGCCGGGGUGGGGGACGCUGUGUCUUCUCCACCUCCAGACACACACACACACACACACACACACACACACACACACACACACACACUUCUGCUGAUUGGUUACUCUCAUUUGAGGCAGAAUUAUUUUCAUCCUCUCCUAUUAAUUCUCAUUUCCCUGAAUGAAAACAGAUCGGAACCCCUGAAAUGAAAUCCUGCACUGAGUCAUUGUAAAUAAGAAAGCUGGUGGGUCUGCUAUCCUCUGUGAGAAAUGAGAGACUAAGAGGAAAGAUCCUUUUCUGAAGGGAAGGGAGACCUGAAGGCUAGAAAUCAAAACAACAGAAAAAGGAAUAGCAAGGAGGAGAAGGAGGGGGGAGGAGAGGAGCCAGUGGGCGGCAGCGGAGAGGACCCAAGAUGAAGGCGCAGGAUCUGCAUUCAGAUGUGGUUCUGCAUCUUACUACCUGCAAAUUACGUGACUUCUCUGGACUUGUUUCCUCAAUUGUAAAAAUGAAGGGGAUUGGACUAUAUGAACCCUAAGAUCUUUUCCAGCUCUAAAUCUGGUCAUAUGGCAGAAAGGAAGGGAAGGAAAAAAAAGAGAAGGAGAAAGAGAAGAAAAGAAAAAAGAGAUGAUAGAGGGAAGUGAGGGGAUAGUUAGGGUUAGAGUAUAGAGUCGGGGUUAGCAGGGAGAAGGAUAUUAAGGAAAGCCCGAAAGAGGGAGAGUUGGAUCCAGCCCAACAUCACUGCGGGACAGAUUCCCCGAGACAACCUGUCGUUUUACUGAUACUGGGACAAAAGUGAUGCUCCAGGAGAGCCGCUGGGCGUGGUUCCUCAGCACGGGAAAGGGUACGCAGGCAAGGGGGCAGGAAGCCCGGUGGGGAUGGGGAGACACUUUUCUGUGCGGCUUGGAAGGGGCGAGGUGGGUGGUGGGGAGGAAGGGGCUUGGCGCUUGAAAAUGGAAGGGGCGAGUCCCAAAAUGAGGAGUGGGCUGCCCAAGGCGACCCCCACUUGCUGUCAUUCUCCCCAGUGCCCCCCAUUCCCUACGCCAAGCCUCCUGCCAGGUCCUCCCCGAGUCCCGGUUUCCCUCUCGCAGCCACCCAAGACAAGCCGCUGCUAAAACACACAUCUCCACCAGGGGGCGGGCCGACACCGCAGAGCGCACACCUGGCUCCGCAGCCAGCCCAGAGCUUUCCAGAGGUCACUGCACGCUUUGCUGUGUCUGAGGAUCAGUGUCACAGCUGGAAGGAUCCACGGAGAACGUCUGCCCCUCCGUUUCAUGGAUGGUAAACUGUUUUGCUUAGGGAAGACCAACGGACUCCCACCAAUAUACCAAAUAACAUUUUUAUA